AUGAUCCAACAACUAUCAGAUAAUUCUUUAACAAUUUUAACAACAUCUCAGAUAAUAAAAAAAUUUACAUUAAGUUACGCAUUGCCUAGGUUUAAUAAAGCUUUUGAAGAAGAUGCUGAAGCUGCAUCACCACUAGGCUUUAUAACACGAUGCAGACAGCAACAACAAUUAGUUGAAACGAUUCAUAACGAUGUAGUCUAUAAUUCUCGUAUUGAUUUUUAUUCAACAGCAUUCAAAUUUGAUGAAAUCAAUCCUCUUUCUGAUCCAUUUGAUGAUGAUAUUGUUCAAGCAUCAAAAUCAAAUAGUACAAAAUUAGUGAGAUGUUUGGAUCACCCAACAAAAAAAAAUAUAAUUGAAACUGUAUUUUAUACCAAGGCACUUGAUUAUGAAAUAUUACAAAUACUAAAAAACUUAUUAAAUCAUGAAACAAUCGAAGGCUAUUCGAUGAUAUAA